UAGCUAGCUAACCGGCUAUGUCUGCUAGACGAGACGCCCGCAUGACUUUAACUGCAUGCGGACAUAUGGGGGGGUUGUGGUGGUCGAGAUGGUGGAUGCUCGUGGAAAUCCCAGCUCGACGGAUCCUCCAGUCCCGUUUUCGUGCAAAUUCAAGCACCAACGCUGCACGUUAGCCGGCUAACGCUAGCUGAAAAAGCAGUACGAUUUCAGUAAAACUCCACCUCGGGUCUUUUUCUUGUACGACAAAACAAGUCCGGGUGGUACAAUCCGGAUUGGCGUCUCUCUCUCUUAGUGAGCCGGAAGACUCGGAUGUUAUCGCUGCAUGUACUUAAUGCCUUUAGAAAAAUCCCAGUUCUUGUAAAUAGUGAUCUCUGCUGUGUUGUUAUCCUGCUGUCUGGACUGGCUGCUGAUACACCACCAUGUUCUCAAAGAUCAUACCGAGCACAAUGGCGCCCCCGGCUGGACGGAUUGUGGUACUGCAGCAUCCGUAAACUGACAUGGGAGAUACUGCAUCGUACAAAUGCGUAUUAGUCAAGUAAAUAGGGAUGAGCAGAGCGGGGACGCGCAUCUCCAAAAGCACGCACGGCUUUCACGUGAACUUUGAGCUUACGACUUAAAAAUAAGCGGAAUACGUGACCUCCCGUCAGUGACUCCUCUCGCCGGCUCCCAACUCAGCGUCCCACGAUGCCGCUGAUCGUGCUGCCCACCUCCCAGCUGCUGUGGGUGCGCGUGGCCGCCCUGCUGUUCACCUGCGUGGCGUUCAGCGUGACGGCGCACGGGGCCUGGCUGGGCCACGGGGGCGCCGGCGACUGGUGCAUCUUCUGCUGGGCGUUCAGCUUCGCCUGCACCCUGCUGGUGCUGCUGGUGGAGCUGUUCGGCCUGCAGGCCCGGGCCCCCGUGUCCUGGACCAACUUCCCCAUCACCGUCGCCUGCUACGCCUGCCUCCUCUGCCUCUCCGCCUCCGUCAUCUUCCCGCUCUUUUUCCUCAAGUACCAGAACUCUUCCGGCGAGGCCCGCGACUAUCGCAUCGCCGCCACCGUCUUCUCGUGCCUGGCGACGGUGGCCUACAUGGGGGAGGUGAGCCUGACCAAAGCGAGGCCGGGGGAGGUGGCCGGUUACAUGGCCACGGCCCCGGGCCUGCUGAAGGUGUGCCAGACCUCCGUGGCGUGCAUCAUCUUCCUCCUGGUCAGCGACCCCGUGACCUACGACCGGCACGCGGCCCUCAAGUGGUGCAUGGCGGUGUACUGCAUCUGCUUCAUCCUCUCCAUGGCCGUGGUGGUGCUGUGCGUGGGCGAGUGCACCGGCCGCCUCCCCGUCUCCUUCUCCAAGUUCCUGUCGGCCUACGGCCUCCUGGCGGCGGUCAUGUACUUGACGGCGACCAUCCUCUGGCCCGUGUUCCAGUUCGACAGACAGUACGCGGGAAGCGGCCGGGCGCCGUCCAAAACGAUCGCCGCGGCGGUGCUCACCGCCCUCAACUUGCUGCUCUACCUCGCCGACCUGGCCUACACCGCCCGACUGGUGUUUGUCAGCGCCUGAGGGGGCGCGGGGAGAGGAAGGAGCGCCGGCGCUUGCAGACAAAGAGGGUUUCACCUCCAUCGUGAACGGACCUGUGAAAAACACCAGAACAACAGGAAGGACGUGGAAGGCGUCCGUCAGUGUCAGUUAGAAUCCAUGAAGUCCUCACACUGGAACACAAGGACACGCGUUAAAUUGUAUUUCACAUUAAGACAUUGAGGCGCCCUGGAUGUUCUCUUCCUGCCCUGUUUUCCCUUUUGUUUCAUAUUUAUUCUCCUUAUUACAGUAUCACAGCCAGUGUUCUGCACAUCUUCAGUAAAGGGGUCAAAUGGGUGGUUUACAUGUUGUACCUCGUCAUAUACAAGUGCCUUCCUCAUUCCCAGUGUUCACAAAAUACUUUCUCUUUUUAUCCUGAUAGAGAAUCAGUAAUGAAGCAUUUGAAAGAAUGUAAAGUUUAUGAGUUCCUUUUUUUAAGCACCAGAUGAAAGUGUUUUUAAUGCA